GUUUUUAAAUUGAGCAAGGGACGACGUCGUCCCGGACUCCAUUUCCCAAGGUCCCCCGCGCGAAGGGGGCGGGCAGGAGCUUGGCAGGGCUGGGUUCUCCCUGGGAGACGGCGUCGCCUUCUCCUCCCCCAGAGCUGGGCGCGCCGCCGCGGGGAUUUGCUGUGGAAAUCUAGGUUUUCAACAUGAAUAAAGAUGCACAGAUGAGAGCAACUAUUAACCAAAAACUAAUAGAAACAGGAGAGCGAGAACGCCUUAAAGAGCUGCUGAGAGCCAAAUUAAUUGAAUGUGGCUGGAAGGAUCAGUUGAAGGCACACUGUAAAGAUGUAAUCAAAGAAAAGGGGUUAGAGCAUGUUACUGUUGAUGACUUGGUGGCAGAAAUCACUCCCAAAGGUAGAGCCUUGGUACCGGACAGUGUAAAGAAAGAACUCCUACAAAGAAUAAGAACCUUCCUUGCCCAGCAUGCCAGUCUUUAAGAUUGACAUUAAUUCUGAGUACCGUAUCUUUGUGUUUCUGUAUUAUGUAAGUCAUGCCAGGAAUUGGAAUACAUUUUUCAUGUUUUAGAAUUUAAGUUCAUUUUUGUAUGAUUAGUUACAAGUUUUUCAUUACGCUGCAUUAAUUUCUUAAACUUGCUGUUUUAAUUAAAAAAAAAACAACUUUUGUGGUUAUGUGUGUUUUGAAGGCUUUUAUCUUCUGUUAUAUUGAGUGAUUUUUAAGCUGGUGAUAUGUUAAUUUUCAGGCAUCUUUUGCUACUUUGUACUACGUCAUUAUAUUAAGUCAAUACAUUUUUUAUGAUUUUUGAAUACAUCAACCUGGUAAGUACAAACACAUUCACUCUUCCAAAAAUGUGUGUAAAUAUAAUAGAAAUGCAGAUCUAAAAAAAGUAAAUAUCUGGACAAUAGGACACAGUGUUCUAUUGUAUAAAUCCUAUUUAGUAUGGUUAAUAGUUGGAUAGCACCAAGGAAAAUAAGGACUCUGUACAACACUUUGUUGAUGACAUUCUUCCCACCAAGUACUUAACCAAUAUCCCAUAUGGUGAUAGAAAGUUACAACAGGUGCUUUCUUUGGAGUUUUUUUAGGUAUAUAAUUUAUUGGAGUUCUGGAUAAUAACUGAAUCUGGAUCCACAUUCCAACUUUACCAAAAGAUGCUUUAACUUCUUUCUUUAGUUAAAAAGAAAUGCCUCUACUGCUGCAUAACAAGUGCAGUGUUUCACCCUUGCAGCAUUCCAGUGGUGUAUGAGAUCCAGAUAUGCGUCCGUAUAUUUCAUAUACUUCUGGAUAAAGGUACUACAUACUGGCAAUUUUUUUCUUUUUCAUCAAGCUGGUGAAUCUAAAAUUCUGACUAGAACAGACACAAAUUGAAACAACAAAUAAUUGUGCUGAAAUAACUUAGUCAUCAUCGUCACUCCCAUAACCGCAUUGGUCAUUGGGGCACCACCACUGAUGAGCAAUCAACCAAUUGUCACCACCCCUGACGAUUGUAUGUCAGUGCUUGAGCCUCUGUGAAGUCCAUUCCUGUCCACUCUUCUAUGUUGUCAAUCCAUCUCUUCUUCUGUCUACCUCUUCUUCUCUUCCCAUGUACUGUCCCUUGGAGGAUGAUCUUGGAUAGGCCAGAUGAUCUUGUUACAUGACCGUACCACUUCAGCUUGCACUUCAUGAUUAUCAGAAGGUCUUCAUAUGACCCAGCGUAUUGGGUGAUGAUGUUGAGGACCUUUUCAUUAGUGAUGUGGUCAAAGUGAGAGAUGCCCAGGAUUUUAUGGAAGCAUCUCAUCUUUACUAUCUGUAUUUUACGUUCAAGUUCUGCCGUAAGAGUCCAUGUCUCGCAUGCAUACAGAAAAAUGGAGAUGACUAAUGCCUGCAGCAGUUUCAGUUUGGAUUCCAGGGAGAUGUUCUUAUUCCUCCAAACUGGCUUUAGCUUUGCCACUGCUGCUACUGUUUGUGCAGUUUUUGCCCAAAUUUCUGCCUUGGAUCCUUCAUCAGUGGUGAAAUACUUGAACCGUUUCACUGUCUCCAGCUCUUGCCCACUGACAGUGAUAUGUGAGCUGAUCCCAUCACGUAGCUUUCCAACCUUGUGAAACGACUGGAUGAAACCUCCGCAAAAUACGGCAUGGAAAUCAGUGCAGAGAAAACUUACAAUAAUAAAACACUAAAAUGACUGUGAGCAAGGAUGAUGGUGUGGAGGGUUUGCAGGAGGGAAGAAGUGUUUGGCUUUUACCAGGUUCAAUUUGAGUUAGCAGUGCAGUCAGGAGAUAAUCAGAUAGGAGUGAAUGGAGGAGGAGCAAUCAGGAGAUGAAUGAGGCAGUUGAUCAAAUUCCUUUUUAUAAAGAGGAGCCACAUGAAUCUGAGAACUGGAAAAAGGAAUUCUUGUCAUUCAAGUCACUGCUAAAGCAACCAGCAACAAUGGUGUCCUAGUAGGAUUAGCUGUUAAAUAUGAAAUACCAUUGAGGUUUUGUUUUAAAAGAAAUGUGUGUCAAACUAAACUCUGGUGAUGGGCACAUUUCAAAUGUGUAAUGAGGGAAAGUAAACAAAUGGUAGCUACUUCCUACAAUUGUAUAAAUUGUAGACAUGUAAUAGAAUGCUAAAUGUCAUUUUUGUUCAUAAAAAUUGUU